AUGUUCAAGUACAUUCAAUGUGUAAUACGGUGUUUCCGUGCAGCCGAUAAAAAGCAAAAAAUAUUAGUGAGCGCAGAAUUUGAAAGUGGGCGCUUGUUACCAAAAUUUUGCUUUAACAUCUCCAUCUUAUCUGCACUAUAUCACAUUGUCUUAAGGGUAUGGUCUGAGGUAGCAUCCGGAUAUUUCAGAAACGAAGCUCUUGACAAGAUCAGUGUGGCAAACGGUGGUUGUCCACGAAAGUGAAGAAAAAAUAAUGAAAGGCGAAAGACUUCAAUAUCACAUUGUUUGACCCUUUGGACCUGAGUUCUUGCAAACAAGCAAAGAAGCC